AACCCGACUCCAUCCUUCAGGCAGAUUUCGGUCUUCUCCGAAAUACUUGCAGAUGUUAGUAGGAAGUUCAAUUAAGUAUUACAUUCCAGAAUCUGUUACUUCUCCUAAAUCGACUAAAAUGGUGGAGAUCUCACCUCCUUGUGCCCGCUUACACUUCUUCCAAAACCGGCGAUGGCUUCCGGCGACACUUUCGUACCCUUUUACUGUCUUCUCAGCGAUGUGGAUAAUCGUGUUGGGAUCUCUUUUGGUGUGGCAAAAGAGCUCCAUCGAUGGGAUCUGGCUAUUCGGCCGCGCGACGGCAACUGUGGAGGGAUUGUUGCCGAGGUUGCGGCCAACGGUGUUGAAUCUAUUGGAUUUUGGGGCGGUGGGAGAUGGCCAGACGCUUAACACGGAGGCUUUUGCGAGCGCCGUUGCAGCGAUCGCGCGGCUUAGAGGAAAAGGUGGAGGGCAGCUGAACGUGCCAGCAGGGCGGUGGCUCACUGCUCCGUUCAAUCUCACCAGUCACAUGACGCUUUUUCUCGCGGAAGGUGCAAUUAUUCUAGGGAUUCAGGAUGAGAGUUAUUGGCCACUAUUGCCUCCUUUGCCAUCGUAUGGAUAUGGAAGGGAGCAUAAAGGACCUCGAUAUGGAAGCCUAAUCCAUGGCCAACAUCUUAAAGACGUUGUCAUUACAGGACACAAUGGAACUAUUGAUGGGCAGGGUCAGUUGUGGUGGAUAAAGCACAAGAAGAAACUUCUCAACCACACGAGAGGACCCCUACUGCAGAUCAUGUGGUCUAGCGACAUAGUGAUCUCCAAUAUCACACUGCGUGAUUCGCCUUUCUGGACAAUUCACCCUUAUGACUGCAGGAAUUUAACAUUUUCAGGUCUUACCAUCUUAGCUCCAGUCAUCGGGGCUCCCAACACCGAUGGGAUCGAUCCAGAUUCCUGCGAGAAUAUGGUGAUAGAGAACAGCUUCAUAUGCGUGGGUGACGACGGUAUCGCCAUCAAGAGCGGCUGGGAUCAGUACGGCAUAGCCUACGGCCGCCCCUCCACCAACAUCUUAAUCCGCAACGUCACCCUCCGAUCCGUCGUCAGCGCGGGUCUAUCGAUCGGCAGUGAGAUGUCCGGCGGCGUUUCGAACAUAACGAUGGAAGACAUCCACGUCUGGGAAUCGCGGCGCGGCGUCCGCAUCAAGACCGCCGCCGGCCGCGGCGGCUAGGGUAUAAGCUGCCGCAACCUCACCCUCGACAACGUACGCGUAGGCAUUGUGGUGAAGACUGACUACAACGAGCACCCGGAUGCCGGGUACGACCCCCGGGCCUUACCCGCAAUAAAUGGGCUCUCAUUCGUGGGCGUGCACGGGCGAGAGGUGCGUGUGCCAGUGCGCAUCAGUGGCAGCGAUGAGAUACCGGUGCGCGGGGUGACUCUGAGGGAUAUGUCUGUGGGUUUGAGUUACAAGAAGAAGCGUGUUUUCCAGUGCUCGUAUGUUGAGGGACGGGUCUUCGGGUCUGUCUUCCCGGAGCCCUGUGACAACCUCGACCGCUACGACGAACAUGGCCGCCUGAUGAAGAAGUCUACCAACCAGAACGACACGGACAUCGACUACGGUUUUUGAGAAGUGAGGGCUGAGAUUGAACGCGCAUGGAAAAAAAAACUGGAUCAGAAUAUUUUGAUCUAGUUUUUUUAUUUUCCAUUACAUACGAGAAGAAAAUUGCAGUCGAGUUUCUCUCCAGAUACCUACUUUUAUAUGAAGUUGCUUGAAAAUCUUAAGACUGGUGUGCGAGGCUUCUUCAUCAAAGACUUCUAUGACAUUUGGCUAUGUUUCGUGGAUUCUCUGAUGACCUUUUAAUGCAGGAUCAUUAGUGUGCUGUUUAUGUGUUAUUUU